AGGAGCCUCCAUCCUUGCUGUUGUGAGUCAGGAGGGAAGUACCAUGUUAAAGAGUCAUGCACCGCCCGAGUGUUGUGCCCCGUGGUCUUGACGUGCUGCGCCAACUCAAGCGAGAGCAAAGACUUACAACAGAUCAGCGUAUCAGAUGCACAGAAGAAACUCGAGUCGUCCCUGGAGGGUUUGGAGGUUGUUAGGAUGACCUCCUCGGCGACCUCCUCCGGCCAGGGGUCUUCAGUGCCCCACACGCCGGAGGAAAAGGAUCAGCAAAGGGCCAGAGAGAGUCCCUCCGGAAUUCCAACCUCUCUCGAAAAUAUUCCAACCAACGACUUAGGGGAAUCCCUGGACUGCAGGAGAGCCGCCACUUGGUACCAUGCUUCCAAAGGGGCCGCCGCCUCCCUGCCCACCACCUCCACCUCCACCAGAAGCGUCGACUCCAGCGAUUCCGGGAUUUACGACCUCGACGACGACUAUUCCUUUGUCAUCACGGAAAACUCCCCGCCCGAGCUGGUGCGUCGGGUAGAGGCAGACUUCACCCCCAUCGAGAACCUGGACCUGACGGUGACAGGCAAGCAGUGUCCACGCCUCCUCAGCGGAUACCAGAAGGCGCGGCAGGAGGAGCAGGCCAUCCUGGAGUCGCUGCGGGAGGAAGGGUUCAUAGCCACCUCCAAGCAGAAGUGCAGCACCGGCAUCGCCUUUGAAAUCAUAGAAGCCACUCCGGCCACCGAGUCAGCAGGAUCCAGCAAGAUCAAGCCGAAGGACUUUCUUCCGGAGGGGACUCGGCAGCACCUCGAGUCACAGAGGAAUAAAUUCAACCUACGAGAUCUGACUCACGCUGACGUACGCAUGAAAAUGGAAAUGGCAGACAUGAGACGGGAAGCUGAGCUGACGUCGAAGAAGGAGAAAAUGGCUGCUCUCUGCAGGAACGAGAACGUAGAGGAGAAGAAAGCAAAUGAUCUGCGGGAGAAGUUGACGCAGCAGAGAAGCUCAGCGCUGGAGAAGAGGGAAGCGCACUUGAAAGAGCUCCGUGACAAACUGCAGGCACAGAACAAGAAAGCCAAGCAGGUGAAGCUCAAAAAGAUAAUAAACGCCCCUCCUGUCCCCGUCCCCUUUGGCCCCACUGCUCAGGUCUUCCUCGGCUCAAACAACAACGACAGCUUUUUUGACUGAAUAACCUCAGUUUGAUAUCCUGGUUAUAAAGAUUUAUAUUUAUCUCAGAGAAUAUCUGAAUCGUGAAGCUGUGUAGAUGGUUUAAAAUAUGUCACAAAAGGAAUUAUGCGUGUGCCUGUGAAAGUAAAUCUGUGCUUAGAAAGCAUCCGAAUAUGUUGAUGAAUGGGAACUAGUGUAUGAGGCAGCACGAGAAAAUGUUUGGAAUGUGGCCUGUCUGUGCACAUAGGUGGCGUGUGGUUGAUGAACAGAAAACCACAUAUGUGGUGUACGAGUACACCUACACUUUCGGCAGAGUGAAUGGAAUCACUGGAGUCGUGCGAUUGAGGUUGAGAAAUUUGAGAAAAGUUUUGAUAAAGGACACGACGUGUUUACGUCUGGAUUUCCAGGAUAUCCAGGUGAAAGUGUAGACCUGGAUGAAUGGGAAGAAACUGAUAGUCAUUCGUCAUAAUAAUUUAGUAAGAAAAGCAGCAUUUUUUUUUUUCUUACCGGACUGCUUAUUAGAAAUAAUAAAUAAGUGAAGAAAAAGUUUCAAACUGAAACAUUUUACGCGUCACUUUUCGGAAAGAAUUAUUUUCAUCGUGAAACAAACAAUACGAAUGAAUGACUACCUUUCCAUCCAAGGUUCAAUGUUGUCAGAAAAAUCCUACUUUGUUGUUUUGUAUGAAUAUUACAAAGAUGAAAAUACGACGUACUUGUACGUACGUACGUAUAUUAGUGCAUAUUAGGUCAGUAGAUCAUGUAACGUAUGCCAUGGUCGUUGCGUGAUUCGUACAAACUUAGUCAGUAGUGUUAAGUGGUGCAUAACCAGUGGCAGGUCCAGGGGGAGGGUGUAGCGGCAAGACCCGAACAUAGCACGUGCCCAGCGUGUCACAUGAACACGUGUGCCUGUCCAGGAAACACGUACCUUUUCCUGACCUGAGGUGGUGUACUAAUACUAUGCCGUCCUUCCUAGGUGAGUCUUUUUAAUAAGGUCUGAUGUGCCUUAACCCCUUCCCCCAGUACGUACUGUAAGGAUAUACCGCGCACUUCAUUGAGGGACCUGCUCUACGCCCUCUCCCCACUAGCCGGGCAGGACCCGCCGCUGCUUGUACAUUUUAUCAGUAGGCAGUACUAGUGAUAUCAGUAGAGACGGUUAAUGUCAAGUUAUAGUCAGAAUAUAAAACAUAUAAUGCCAAGUAUAUUGUAUGUCCUAAGUUUCUAAAUGUGUAUUUAAAUAAACAUUGUAAGUGAA